CAGUGUGCACGAACACUCAGUCUGCCGGCUCCGGGCAUGAGCACGCAGCGUCGGGGGCGUGCUGUGGGGUGGCGCGCCGCUCGCCCCGCUCAGUGCUAGCGUUUGUACUGCUGCUGAGUGUGGGCGGGGAGGGGAACACACAGGAAGGUGAUACGGAGCAUCCGGGAGUGGGACGGGUCUAGCGGUGUAGAGCACGAUUUCUGUUCCUGUUUAACUUCAGGCGCUCCUGUGCGCCCAGUGAGAGAACUCUGUAGUCCCCGUGGGAUGGUUACAGGGUGACGGCGGGCCAGUCGCUGGGGGCAUAGCGAGGUGGGUGCAGCACGGGGGGGAGAUGGCGGACAAGUUUGAUAACCUGGAGGAGCAUUUGGAGAAGUUUGUGGAGAACAUCCGUCAACUUGGGAUCAUAGUCAGUGACUUCCAGCCCAGCAGCCAGGCCGGUCUCAACCAGAAACUGAAUUUCAUGGUCGCUGGAUUGCAGGAUAUAGACAAGUGUCGACAACAGCUUCAUGAUCUCACUGUACCCUUGGAAGUGUUUGAUUACAUUGACCAAGGCCGUAAUCCUCAGCUUUACACAAAGGAGUGUCUGGAGCGGGCAUUGGCAAAAAAUGAGCAAGUGAAGGGUAAAAUUGAUACAAUGAAGAAAUUCAAAAGCCUUUUGAUCCAAGAGUUGAGUAAAGUUUUUCCUGAAGAUAUGGCCAAGUACAAAGCAGUCAGAGGUGAAGACCACCCACCAUCAUAGCAAUAUGUUAAGUGCUGCAACAAUCCUGGGAAGAUUAUAAUUACAAAUUUGGAUAAUGUUUAUCUGUGAGAGGAUUCCUGGUAGCGCUCUGUAGGCAUCAUUAUCUGAAAACUGGUUACACGAUCACUGUGGAUAGUCAACCUGUGUAGUGUUUGAUUUAGAAGCUGUUGUGUUGGGUUCCUGUCUAUAGACAGACAGUUAAAAGAUAGACAGUCAUUAGUUAGACACUAUGGGGUAUAUUCAAUCAGGGUCGAAAGCUGCCGCCUGUCAAAAAGACGGCAGUUUUCGACUUUUUAAGGUCGAAUCGUGAUUCGACCUAUUCAAUCCCAGCUCAUUUUAUUCUACAAAUCGGGGAAUUCGAGUUUUCGAAUAGUACGUGAAUAGGCUGUAUAGCUGCCGAUUCACGUACUUUUGAGGGAAACGGGGCCAAAUUCGACACGAUUUGGUCCAGUUUCCGACCAUCUCAGUCCGACAUAAAAAAAAUGUCUGACUGAGAUGAGGGACCUUAGUGGAGGAGAGGGGGGAGACUGGGGACAGCCGAGAGCAGCGCUGGAUGAUGUCACAGCAGCGUCCACCCAGCUCCAGCAAGCGAGACCUCGCUUGCUGGAGCCGGGUGGACACUGCCGUGAGCGUGGGCUGUGAUGCAAGACAGGGAGCGGAGGGACGUGGAGUCAUGAGGCGGGGCUGCAGAGCACUACCUCUGAUGGGCGCCUUCCCCGGCCAUGCUCCCGGCAGCGCACCCCGGCUGCCGCAUGACAGGUCCCCCCCGGCCGCUGCAGUUACCGCUCGCUGUCUGCCGCUGAGGAGGAGAGGCUGAGAGACUGGGGAGAGCCGCGAGCAGACGGGGAGAGCAGCGCUGUAGCGCUGCUCUCCCCCGUCUGCCCGCGGCUCUGAGCUCCUGCAUCUCAAUUCGACUUUUUUUUUUUUUAAAGUCGAAUUGAUAAUGCAUUGAAUAGCCCAGGUCGGAUCCAUUCCGACAAAUGAAUGUCGGAAUGGAUCCGACUUCAAUUGAAUAUACCCCUAUAUGAUCGACAGUCAAAAGUCAGACACAAGUGUUUUUUUUUUUUUUUCUGUGCUUUUUACAACUUUUGCCUCAUUUACUAUCCAUGUCACAAACUAUUACCUUUUAGUAAAGUUGUGGCGAGACACCGAGCCCGAAGCGUAGCGAGCCCACGAGGGGACCAAUUUCACCAAAUUUGGGUUAAAAGUUUAAAAACACCGAAAAAAAGUAUUUAUUUUUUUUGUCUGACUUUUGACUGUCGACCAUAUAGUGUCUAACUUAUUACUGUCAUCUCUUAACUGUCUAUGAGCUAUACCACACCCGUUGUAUUCUGCAGAUUUACAUACUUGGCAAAUUUUGAGGAUCCAUUAUUCUUCACCUACUAUAGUACACACCCACACAUCAUUUUUAAAAUACCAACAAGGAAUAUUCUUUCUUUUAAGAAUAACAUAUGCAGUGCCUGAUACGCAAAAACAACGUUUUACUUUGUUAUAAUUUUAAAGUUUUUGUACUGCGUUAUGCUAUAAUUUAUAUAUUUUUUUGUUCAAUAUUUCCCCCCUCAUCUUCUCUUGUAAAUUAGUAUUUAUAAAUGUGAUGUAUGUUAAUAAAUUUGGUUAAAAUUUACUAUGGACAUUAAUGUGAUAUAAUAAAAAUGUCAUGUUUCACAA